UUUAUCAAAAAUAUCUUAAUUUGUGUUCCAAAGAUGAACGAAGGUUUUAUCGGUGUAGAACAACAUGAGGGUGAGUAAAUAAUGACAGAAUUUUCAUUUUUGGGUGAACUAACCCUUUAAGAUCAAAAGUAAUAUAUGUUAAUGUACAGUGAACUAAUAUGAACAUUUAUUAACCUUUGUUAACUAAGAUUAACAAAGGUUAAUAAAUGCUGUAAGAAUAUAUUGCACAUUGUUAGAUCAUGUUAACAAAUGUUAUCAAUAUCCCUCAGAAUCUUGAAAUAUACACUUUAUGCAUCAAUUUCCAUGUAUGCAUUCAUUCAUUCCUGUGAUUAUUUUCAUAAAUACUUACUACAGGGUGUAGUAAAAGAAAUGAUUAAUAAGCUGAUAAGUGAGCAAUGUGUUGCAAAAUCAUUACAUGUUUGGAACACGCCCUGUUUUAUUUUGAGAUGCUUUUUUCCACGCCAAGGAUCUUAGUAACAGACUGAGAUUUCUCACUAAGCCUCUCUUGAUAGAUUUACAACUCAUCUGAUGCAUCAUCAAUUGUUCUUGAUCCGCCAACAGCAUUGUCAUCGGAGCAUUAGACAGUUACAAUGAGGGAUUCUCAUGGUGGGAAUACCUUUCAAAAGCUGUCCCUAAUUAAAGCUGAUCAUGUCUUUCAUAAACGAGGUCAGAGACUGUACUGUUCCAUGUCUCUCGGGUUUAGUUGCAUCUCUAUCUAUUUCCAGCUGACCAGCUGUGAUGGAAGCAUGCCGAUGGGACUCUCAGAUUUAGCCAAGACGGCCGCCUCAGUUUCAGUUCCCGCCCCUCCUCUUCCCUGACAUUAAUCACUCAACACCAAGUGUGUGUAGUUGAAAUGUUUGUGUGUGCAUGUAUGAACACCCUGAGGUGACCUCGGCCCAGAUCACAUCAUUAGCCGUAAAUCUGAAAGCACACACAAAACAAACACAUUUAGAGCACAUUUGGGCUCACCGUAUGAUUUACACACAGAUGAAAUGAGGCCUUACGCAACACCUGUCCCACGACCACCCCCCCCGCACGUGAGCGACGCAGCCAUAGACUGCUCCACUUCCAUGACUGUGAAAUGAAGGCGCUAAUUGAGCAGCCUAUCUUGCCAGGCUGCGAAUUCCCCUUGUGCUGAUUGUUGAUAUGCCCCUUGGGGGUCUGUAAAAGUGGCAAAAGGCCAGAGAGAGUCUUGGACCUCCACAAUGAGAUCACCAAGACUUGGAUCAGUUGAGUAAUGCCACUCAUGUGUCAUGCCACAGAGUUGGACACUUGGAUCUCAUGUCCUCUAUCUCCAACAAAGCCUGUGAGCAGUGGGUUUCGUGCCGCUGAAAAUUAGAAAAGCCCCCCAGGAGCUCCAGGUCUUUCCCAAUGCCAUGCUGACAUGCAAAAAGAGGUCUUUUCAUCUGGUUUUGCAGGCUGUGACUUACUUAAAGGGUGUGGAGAAGGCUGGGUUCAGCAUGUCAGAAGAUAUCAACACAGAGGUGUUGAGCCAGUAGGUAAAGAAGCAGGGAUUAGUUCUCUACCUCAACUGAGAGAUUUCCUCUAUGCAUACAGAUGGGCCUACACCAGGGUGUGGGUGAGUCAAGUAUGAAGUCCAAAGGAAAGGGGUCAAAGCGGGGCAGACAGUCUUGGGCAGAGCAGGACGACCCAGACUUUACACUGGAAACCGAGCCAGGUUCCAGCGAGCAGGAGGGUUCAGAGGCGUCCGUGAGGCUGGGUGGGACGUGGAGAACGCUGAGGGGCGAGGGGCAUGGUCGUACCCGAGUGGGCGCGCGUCGCAGGCGCCAGCACGGCAACGCUAAGGAACGUAACGUCCGCAGGCUGGAGAGUAAUGAGAGAGAGAGGCAGAGGAUGCACAAACUCAACAACGCCUUUCAGGCCCUACGGGAGGCCAUUCCUCAUGUCAAAACAGACAAGAAACUUUCCAAGAUUGAGACUCUGACGCUGGCCAAGAAUUACAUCAAGGCCUUAACCACCAUCAUCCUAGGCAUGUCGAAUGCCUGCCUGCCUCACGCAGAAAGUCACAUGGAGACUAACGCCUCCCGGCUCCUGCAGUGCUAUCAGCAGCAUCUACAGGAGGAGGGAGAGGAAGACCUGUCCAACUACCUGAGCCACAUUCACAGCUUCAGCCAGGGCAGCUAACACACACUGCCACAGAACAGACUCAGUGAGCACUAAAUGACAAGUGUAAAUAUGUGCACGCUACAUGCAUGAUGAUGAAUACCAGCUCCUAAGACAAACAAAAAGAUCCAUUUGAGUUUACAAGCUAAAGCUGGUCCAUAAAUAGGCUCAUUUAUGUACAGAAUAUGCACCGUUUAUGUAACAACAUAUUGCCCACAAACAAUGUGGAUGAUAUUUGACAUCAUCUAGCUAAUUUGACUCUUUGGAUUAUGAAGGGGCACAAUCUGCUGGUUUUUAAUGUAGUUGACCCAAAAAUAUUACAAAAGAAGAUGCCCAUUGUGAAAGUUAAUGGGGUUCAAAACUACACCGGACCCCCUGACUUUCAUUGUAUGGACGAUAAAUAUCAUCUUUUGUGUCAUAGAACUCUUACAGCUUCAUACAGUCAUAAAGCUUUGGAACAUUUUUGGGUGAACUAUCCUUUUAAUAGGGUAAGCAUUUAAAACAAAUGCAAAGCUGUGGAACAGAUUUCAUAUUUAUUGAGGACACGAACCAUGCACAUAUGACACUGAGAGGAUUUUACUGUACUCAAAUAAUGACUCCACUGUCUUUACCCUGUUAUAUGUCUACAUUUAAUAAUUUAAAACUAUAUUAUCUUUUUUUUUUCUCUCAUGCCUGCAUAUAAUUUCUUUAUAUGUACAGAAGCAACCUUAAAUAAUGCCCAUAAAGGACAUCACAAUGCCGUUUCACAUUAGAACCAUUAUUACUCAUAAAUAAUCCAAAUUUAUACAUCCACAUGUACAACAUAGCAGAAUAGGAAUAAAACUGACUAUUCAUCCUGAUAAAAACCAUUUGGAAAGAUUUAGUAUAAAUACUGUUACUUUCUGAAAUUUGUGCUGCCUUUAAACAUAAUUAUACCACAUACACGUCCAUGUAUGAAUGAAAUAUGCUGACAUCCUGAGAAAAGAAAUGUUUCGCAAAAUUGUCUUCACAUUGCCACGCUAAAACUAAAUACAGUGUCUGAAUUUACACUACCAUUCAAAACUUUGGGGUCGGCAGAAUUUGUUUUGGAAAGAUGCCCGUCUGCUUAAAUUGUGAAAUAUUAUUGCAAAUGAAAAUAACUGUUUUCUAUUUUAAUAUAUUUUAAAAUGCAAUUUAUUCCUGUGAUGGCAAAGCCACUCUUCAGCGUCACAAGAUCUUUCAGAAAUCAUU